CGAAAUAAGUAGAAAAGAACAUGGAUCCAUGUGUUCAUUGGACCCAUUAUCAACCCAUACUCUAAGAUGCUGGAUUCCUACAACCUAACAUGCUUUCCUUAUAUAUCAAACAAUGUCUAUGCGUGUAAUGUCUACAUUUACAUGCGUAUUCACUUAAUUAUUAUUAAUUAGUCUUGAUACUAGUAUUUAUCAAAAAAAUUAUGUCAAUAUUGACUAAGAUAGGUUUGUUAAACCUUUCUCUCAACAUUUAUUGCUGUAAACCAAAGAAUGGUUAAACUCUGAGCCAAUCUGAACACUUAAAAAUUCAAGUUCAAAUUCAAGAUUAUAAAUUGGUUUACCAUAUAUAAUGGAUGGAUAUUAAAGACUAGAUAUUCCCAACAGCAUUUGCAAAUUAGAAGAGAGAUGACCAUAUACUGAAAUGGCUAGACUUUGCCAAUAAGUAUUUACCAUUUUUAUAGAACAGUCGGUGUUCCUAACCAGAUGGUGUGCAUAUGUAAUCUGGUAAUGAAAUAAAUGGAUGCAAAUUCAAUGUUAUCUUGGUCAUCAAUGUAUCCUUAAUACUUUUUCCAUAUACAAUGAACACUAUUCACGUACCAUUGAAUGUUAUUAUCAAUAUAAAUUUGAACUUAUUACUUUGUACUUUCGCCGUUUCUCAAAAGAAAUGUUCUAGAAAGAUUAUAGAAAAAAAAACUAUCUACAAAAAGAACAUUGACAUUGACUAGGCAUUGACAAUAAGAAACGAGUUUCAAACGAACUUAAUUUGACCGUGUUUCCUUUCCUUCCAAAACCGCGUUUCAGUUCUUGUCUUCGUCUUCUUCCUCGACCCUUCUCUCUAUCUCUCCUCCAGAAACUCAAAACUAAAACCUUAAAAAGACCUCUGCUUUGAGAUCUUACCCACUCUUCAAACCCGAUCACUUCUCUCCGAUGAUGUCUAGUUCAAGACUAAUAAUAAUCUUCACAAUAAUCUCUGCAGCCUUCCUCACCGUCGGAUCAAUCCGAUUGGUUCCAGACGAUAAAUCUUCAUUCAACGAUGGAUCUUCAGAUUUCAUGGAGGCUCCAGGAUACCAAAACGGACCAAAAUGCUCUGUUCUACCCCAAAACAAACUCUUGUUAGCUUGCGACCCUUCAGCUAUUCACAUAGCGAUGACCCUCGACCCAGCUUACUUGCGUGGCACGGUAUCUGCAGUCCACUCCAUCCUCAAACACACAUCUUGCCCUCAAAACAUCUUCUUCCACUUCAUCGCUUCGGGUCCCCACCACGGUCCCCUCGCGAAGACUCUCUCCUCUGUUUUCCCUUCUCUGAGUUUCAAAGUCUACACCUUCGACGAAACCAUCGUCAAGAACCUCAUCUCUUCUUCCAUAAGACAAGCUCUCGAUAGUCCCUUGAACUACGCAAGAAGCUACUUGUCUGAGAUUCUCUCCACGUGUGUUCAUAGAGUGAUCUAUCUAGACUCGGAUGUGAUCGUGGUCGACGAUAUCAAGAAGCUAUGGAAGGUUUCUUUAACCGGAUCAAGAACCAUCGGCGCACCAGAGUACUGCCACGCUAACUUCACAAAGUACUUCUCAGAUCGUUUCUGGUCAAAUCCAAAACUCUCUGGAGUCUUUGAGUCCAAAACGCCUUGCUACUUCAACACGGGAGUGAUGGUGAUCGAUUUAGAGAGAUGGAGAGAAGGAGAGUACACGAAAAAGAUCGAGAACUGGAUGAAGAUUCAGAAAGAGGAGAGGAUUUACGAGCUGGGUUCGUUGCCGCCGUUUCUGCUGGUGUUUUCAGGAGAAAUUGAAGCUAUUGAUCACCAGUGGAACCAGCAUGGUCUAGGUGGAGACAAUGUGGUGAGUAGUUGUAGGUCUUUGCAUCCUGGUCCGGUGAGUUUGAUACAUUGGAGUGGGAAAGGGAAGCCGUGGGUGAGGCUUGAUGAUGGUAAGGCGUGUCCUGUUGAUUAUUUAUGGGCUCCUUAUGAUCUUCACAAGUCACGGAGACAGUAUCUUCAAUACAGUCAAGACUUAGACAUUCUUUGAUUCAUUCUAAUUUUUUUUUGUUAGUACAAAGUUUUGCUCUUUUUCUGAUGUAAAUAAAACUGAAUUACAUUUGAGGUUUUACCUAUUCUGUUGCUCUAUCA